GAUCAUGAACAUCUUGCAGAACAACCAACGAAUGCCCUGUCCGCUCGUUCGCCUUGAACCGUCUGAGUUGUAAUAGGCAUUAAUAUCCUCAGAUUGCAUAACAGAAAAGAAUUUUCGUAGCUGCGCGGGAUGGGUCUGCAGCAAAAAAAAACCAGUGCUACUGCGAAACGCACUAUACUGCUAUGGCAGGCAGGCUAGCUGGGCGGCAGUGCACACAGAGCGUGUGAGCCCGCAUAAUGUCGCGCGAUAGCUACUGUGAACAGAACUUGGCGCCUUGCCUCCUGUGUCCAGCUUCGGUUCCGGAAUGCAGGUCCGCCCCGACCCGGGGGUUCUCGGCACGGCGGCCUUCGCCGGCUCCCCAUAAAAGGUGCUCCCCGACUUACCGGUGCCUGUAAUGAAGCACUAGACUAGCCUGCCUCUACCACUAGACUAGACUGCCACUACCACUAGACUAGACUGCCACUCUCUGUAUUCAUGCGCCUGGCCUACUGCCGCGACCGCGACUGCGGCAGCGGCCUCCGCGGCGGCGUUGCGCUUCCCCUGGUAAAUGCCAGCAACGGUGCCCCGUCGCAGCCCUCGCAAGCCAUGGACCCAGCUCGGGCGCCCGCCGCGGCUGAUGAGAACAGCUGGGGCACCUGGCACACGGCAGCACCGACUAACCUGCACCUGUGCCUGCGGUCGCGGUGGAUGGCUGCCGUGCAGGCUGCCGUGGUCGACGCCGCCAGCAAGCAGCGCGAGGCGGCUGAGCAGGCCCAUGCUGCCGCGACCGCCGCCAUGCAGGCCCAGCAGCGCGCCCAGCUGAAGGUGAGCCGGCUGUCGCCGCAAGCACAACAACGCAUCGCCCUGGUGGAUGCAGUGGCGGUUACCUCUGCGUUCGGGCCCAAGAGCCUAUACCGUGACGUGAUACUGCCCCUGUUCACGGCUCCUCUGUUCAAUGCGGUGGAGCUGGUGGUGAACAGUGGCAGCAUCACGUCGCGGUACAGGCUCUUAGGCCUGAACGCGCAGGUAGUGGCACCUCGUGUGAUUUCCUGGAUAUGCAAAGUUUGAUGGCAAAGCGGCCGCCGUGCCGCUGAUGGUACAGCUUCUGCAUGCAUAAGGGUGACCUGGUCUUAAAUUUGUGGGUGCGGGGUGCUCAUAGCACUGUGACGGUGGCUCUGGAGGCUGCGUGGUACACUUGAGACACAUGAAUGCUGGACUAGAUAGGUGGCCGUUAAAAUUGAGAUUUCCAUGUGUCCAUGUAGCAUCCGCAUUUAUACAGGCAUGAGGGUGGACCCAUACAUUGGCACGUGACUGUUAAUGGCUGCACCGAAUAGUGAACUACAAGCGGCGGCUGCGGUGGCUUGGUACAUGUCUCAUCAGCUCCUUCAUUUGGAUGUGGUGGUGGGCGGGCUGGAUGGUGGAGGCGGCAAGUGACUGUGCAGAAGUCCCGAGCAGUGAGCUCUCACCCCAAUUUGCAAACGAGCGAGACUGCGAAGACGUGUCCAUCCGUAUGCCCGUAUCAGCACAACAUCGUUGGCACGGACCCAACUGCAAACCUACCAGUUCCUACUGCCAGAAACACAACUGGCCGUUGUUACCAUAGGUAUGCGCCUGUCCGAUGAGUAGAAGGGGUAGCAGGGGUAGCAAGGCGUGCAUCAAGAUGUUCCUCGUGUCUCUCGUCAGCGUCCAAGUAGCCAGGGUGACAUGGCCCAGGAGGCCCAACCUGCUGUGACUCUCCCGCCCGCAUUCAACCUGGAUCAUGCCGCUAUGUAUCCUGAUUGCGUCUGGGCACCACAGGUAUGCGCCUGUGCGAUAUGGGACAAGGUUAAGGCAGGUUGGCAAAAUUCCGUAGGGUGUCGUAAAUAAGCCUGCACAAAUUGGGUUUCUGGGUGCGAAGUUAUGGCGCCGCAGAGUUGUCGGUGGGUUGGUCGAGGCACUGCUGGGCCGUGGGGUCGGGGGCCCACAGUGUUCGUGCCAAGUUUUGUUGAACCUAGCGCUUCUGUCCUGCAGCGCGCGGUGCAAUGGGUGCAGCUCAACGAUGCGUGCCCAGGUAAUACCCUGGACUCAGCACAUCUGCAUAGUCUGGGGCAGUUUGGGGAGCGGAAUGUCUGCGUUUCGGGAGAUGCCUGGGGAGCUGGCCAGCAGGGACAGGCCGGUACCGGCCGGUUUUUGCAUGGGUGAACGUGUCAGCACAUUUCGUACUAUCAAGUAACAUUGGAAUAAGCCGUUGCGUAGUAGACCACUCUAUCAGGAUACUUGUCAACUUACGGGUGGAUAUGUCCACAUGUCGGUCCGUCAAAAUGUGUUCCCAAGGCGGAUCAUUUCACAUAGCGAUAUAGCUCA